AUGUCGAUCGCAUCCCAAUCACAGCAGCAACAGCAACAGCAACAGCAACAGCCACGACCUAUCCUGACCGAUUCACCAACCAGGCAAGACCACUCUUUUGUCUCGGUCGUAUCCACACCAGAAGCUUCUUCUCCAGUCGAGCUUGUCUCUGAUUCUUCCGUUAGCCAAGCCAUCCUCUCCGACGCCUCGAGUCAACCCAAGCCCAAGAGCAUCCUCGAAAACGCUCACGGAGCUCUUCCACGCAAACCAUUUCGGUCAGGCAGCGAAUCAGGCUUUAAGGCUGCUCUCAAAGCUACUUUCUUACCUCCUCCAACACCAGGUCGCCAAAUCAAGGUUAAAGAUGGCAAGAAACUAGGCAAGACCUUCCAACGUACAGACCCUCUACCCGAAAGAUUUCAAGGUGGACAGGUGCUCGAAUAUGAUCCUCGAGGCAAGGAUGCCACAGCAGGUGAUGGCAUCUUGCCAUCAGGCUGCACCAAGCCUCCAUCCUUCGAUCGACGCGACAGCGCCAGCGGGUCAGGCUAUGGAAGUGACAAGGAGAGCAGUGUCGGCACUCCAAGUGAAAUGGGUGAUGCGAGCCAGUUCUCUCGAUCCUACACGUCAGAAGCUAGCUCUGCGCGGGGCCCGAGCAUGAACGACCAGUCCGAGCGGGGACGGCCAACGUCGUCGGUCCCAAGUAGAGCCAGACAAGGCUCCGUGGCGUCAACAACAUCAAGCAGCAGUAGUGCAGCGGCGAUCAAGUUUGCUCCUCUCCCCAUGUCAGGACGAUUGAAACGUGCCAACUCGAUUACCAUCGGCGUUGCUGCUCGAUCGCAUCUUCUUCAGUCACAAGGUACCGCUGCCCCACCACGAUCAUCCUGCACACCACAGCACGUGCACGGUUCACAAGCAUGGUACACCAACAAUGCCGGCAACGUUCAUCCUCGUCACGAAGGCGUCGUCGAUGUGGGCCAAGAGAUUAAGAAAGGCGCUACCAAGGCGUGGAAACUCCUUCGCGGCACUGGUGGAGUCAACGCAAGCGAUCGCUCCAACAGCUCCAACAACAACACACCCGCGACUGAAUCUGCUCCAGCUGUCAAGACAACGGCACAAGCUGCUUUGCUGGAGAAAGCUAAAAAGACAUUCCCCAAGGAGGGUGCACCUGUGGCAGAUCAUGAAACAGGCCAACUCAAGAUGGCCAACGGAUCCUUACCUGUCAACACCACACCCAAGAUCUCCCAGGGUCAAGUCUCGGACCAAGCCAAGGAAGCAGCUGUUCCGGCUGGCAGCGGAGAUCAAACGCCACGCAGAGCAGCCAGCCCAACACAAUAUCUUCGCAGUAUGUCCAUUUCAGAGGAGCCAGAAGCGGAAGAAGCAGCAGCAGCAGCAAUCGAAGCAGCACAUGCAAAGAAUGCUGCUAAAGCAGCUCACCUUUCCAACGGUCAUCAUCCACAUGACCUUCAAGAUGGGCCUCAGCACAAUACCUACCAUCUUUCUGAUGAUCAUGACGCAGCACACCUUGACUCAGGGACGGUAACACCGAGAAGUGCGAUGCAGAGAAGGUUGUCGACCGGUGCAUUCUUGCGUGGCUUGUCGUUGCGAGGUAUUCAAGAGGACAGGAGAAGAGAUCUCUUGGGUUUGGAUGCGGAUGAUGAUGAACAGAAGAGACUGGAUAGCGGCGAGAAGGGUCUAGGCGAUGAGAGGAAGAUGUCAGCUGAAGGUGGAAGACACGGCAUUGCCGUCAGGACACCAGCAGGGACGGAAGAGGAGCUCGGCUUGGAAGGAUAUGGUCAUUCGUAA